AUGGAUCAAGCUAACGCUAAUGGUGGAGAACAACAAAAUGUUCAAAAUGCCGAGUUCGUCGAGAAUAUGAUCGACGGCAUAAAUCCAUUUGCUACGACUCAGAACACGAGAGCUCCGCAACAAACCCUAUCUUUGACAGAAUCGAAUUGA